AACUACGACCAGCACAAGGAGCAGCAGCAUUCGCCGUGACUUAUUGGCUUUGUUCGCUGUCGCAAUUUACUUUUUCAUCAACAACAACAACAAAGUGCGUGAUAAUCGUUAGCAAUGGCGACAAAUAUCCAGAUGACCAAUGAGCAACUUCAUGCGCUCAUCGAGGCUGUACGCUCGUCGGCAGUUAGCGCAGCUGGCAAUGCGGCUGCUUCUGCUAGCGACGCGUCAAAGACAAAAGGAAGUUUUAGCACCUGUACGCAUAGAUUCGGCGGUGCUCGCAGCCACGACGAAGUCGAGGAGUUCAUCACAAAUAUUGUCACCUACAAGGAACUGGAGGACAUCAGCGAUGAGAAUGCCUUGAAGGGCAUAUCCCUGCUUUUCUAUGGUAUUGCAUCCACCUGGUGGCAGGGCGUGCGCAAGGAGGCAAAGUGCUGGAACGAUGUCAUCAGCCUUAUUCGCGAGCACUUUUCGCCCACUAAGCCGGCUUACCAGGUCUACAUGGAGUUCUUCGAGAAGAAGCAGUCCGACUCUGUUGCCAUCGACACCUUCGUGGUGGAAAAACGUGCACUGCUCGCCCAAUUGCCGGAGGGACGACACAACGAAGAAACCGAAUUGGACUUUCUCUACGGUUUGCUCAACAUCAAGUACCGCAAGCACAUUCCCCGCCAAAGUAUCUCAACAUUCCGCGAUCUGCUUGAGCAGGGCCGCAUCAUUGAGCACAACGAACUGGAGGUGGUUGAGGCGCAACCAAAGGGACCUCUACGCGGAGCUAAUCGCGUUGAACGCUGCACCUACUGCAACUUCCGCGGUCACACGUUCGAGGUCUGUCGCAAGCGGCAGGCGCGGGAUCACACGUCCGAAGUCAGUCGCAAGCGGCAGGCGCCGGAUCAGACGAAUGAGGCGAACUAAACAUCACACGCACGCACACGCAAUAUACGGGACAUGACAUCAUCGACAUCUACAAUAACAACACUUGCGCAGGGCGCAUAUUUGGAUGUCCACGUCAAUGUCUCUCUCUCUCUCUCUCUCACCAUCUCUCUCACAUCAAAACUCACUUUGUCGGCUGGCCUCACAUGGACACGAGGAGAGUGGAAAAUGACAACAUCGAAGAAGAACAAUAACAACACACACACACAGAAAGCUCUAGCAGCUUUUUGCCUAUGUCAGUUUCGGACUUUCGUUCAGCAUCAAGUGGCGCGCCGGCCAGCAAAGCAGAGCUAAAAUAGCGGCAUUCUAAUGUCGCUAGCACUUCACGCCGAAACUUCGGCUCAAUUUGGCUGUGAACGCCAGCGUAAAUGAUUUUUCGUGAUUAUUAUUAUUAUAAUCACAAAUUGGACUCUACUACAACCGGUGAACUUGUUCACCAACCUUCGAGUGGCAGGAUUUGGAGAACGGGUUGGCGCACGCAUUUCGCCCCUAGGCUAAGUCGUUGAUUGGCGUGUGACGUAGCCGAGCAGCGACGCUUGCUCGUGCAUUGCUUAUCUCUGCAGAGUUCUUCGGAACUGUGCAGUCGAUGAGCUUUGUGCGCGGCCAGCUUCGUUGCCUGUGCUCCGUUUGCGUCGUCUCAGCUUCUCGGGCCGUGAUGGGUGUUGCGUGUGCUUUGCUCUUUCCCCUUUUUUUGUCGCUCAAAACCCGCUGCCUUGACCUAGUGUCUGCGCAACGUAGCUGUGGUGCCGUACGCUGCGUUCAAGCAGAGGGCGUGUGCUUCGCUAGCUUCGGCCAGUGGACCCACGCGCUGCUCACUUGUCGCUUAGUUCGAAACUGCAGUUGCUUUCGCGUCGAUCCUUAGUCAAUGCAGCAAAA